AUGCCCGGCGGAAAGGGAAAGUCUGUUGGCGGAAAGGCUGGUUCGAAGGAUGCUGCGGGGAAAACUCAGAAGUCUCACAGCGCAAAGGCGGGUUUGCAGUUUCCCUGCGGUCGUGUUAAGCGUUUCUUGAAGAACAACACGCAAAAUAAGAUGCGAGUUGGCGCUAAAGCUGCGGUCUAUGUCACAGCUGUUCUGGAAUACCUGACUGCGGAAGUCCUCGAACUUGCCGGUAACGCCGCCAAGGAUCUGAAAGUCAAGCGUAUCACGCCCCGCCACCUGCAGCUCGCCAUCCGUGGUGACGAGGAGUUGGAUACUUUGAUCCGCGCCACCAUCGCUUUCGGUGGUGUCCUGCCACGCAUCAACCGUGCGCUGCUGCUCAAGGUGGAGCAGAAGAAGAAGAACAAGUCCGAGGCUUAA